UGAAUUCCAUCCUAUGUUUUAGAUGAUUCUAAUCUAAAGCUCUUGUUUGGUGAUGUAUCUCUGGUUUUGUUGAAUAUCAUCACGAUGAAAAUGAAGAAACUAAGAACAAAAAUCAAAUAUACUUUUAGGCUCAAAUAAUUAUGAGGAAUCAUUAGUUUGAUUCUAGAUGCAUGCGUAGUCCUCCAUUACCUCGACAGUAAUAAACAGUGUAACCAUAGACAAGUUCAAUAAGCCUUGAAAUUUAAAAUAUAUUAAAAAUAAUCUGCUGGUGAUCACGGAAUCUUUGCAAUAAGAAUAUUGAAGACCUAGUUCUACGUGACAGAUGCUAAAGUAUAAGUAACAUAUCUAUUCAUGUAGUGUAAAAAGAGUAAACACUAUGAUCUAGAAAAUUUAAGAAUCAGCUUCAUGAGAUUGUUUGACUUAUUAAUGUGGAACAAGUUCCAGAAAGAGGGGAAUUGCUAACGGUAGAAUAACGGUAGAAGUCGGAGGAUCGCUGACUCACGAUGGCAACUAGGAAAAAAGUUUUGCUAAAAGUAAUCAUCCUCGGCGAUAGUAGCGUUGGCAAAACGUCGCUCAUGAACCAGUAUGUAAACAAGCGCUUUUCCAACCAAUACAAAGCCACGAUCGGAGCUGAUUUCUUGACAAAAGAAGUGGUGAUUGACGAUCGGGUCGUGACAAUGCAAAUUUGGGAUACUGCAGGUCAGGAACGGUUCCAAUCUCUCGGGGUUGCAUUCUAUCGCGGAGCGGAUUGCUGCGUUCUCGUGUACGACACUACUGCUCCGAAUACAUUUAAAAAUCUCGACUCCUGGCGAGACGAAUUUCUGAUCCAGGCCAGUCCGCGGGAUCCAGACCACUUCCCAUUUGUAGUGCUUGGAAAUAAGAUCGAUCUUGAAAACCGAGCAGUUUCAACGAAGCGAGCCCAGCAAUGGUGUCAAGCAAAGAACGAUAUUCCUUACUUCGAAACGUCAGCCAAAGAAGGCAUUAAUGUAGAUUCUGCUUUCCAAACUAUUGCCAAAAACGCAUUAGCCCAGGACAGUGAGGUUGAGCUCUACAACGAGUUCCCCGAUCAAAUCAAGCUGAAUGCGGAUCGCAACAACCGACCUCGAAACGGUGAUAACUGCUCUUGCUAACUGCUACUAAAUAGGCAAAAUUCAAACAAUUCAGAAUAAAAUCUUUAGUUGCAUAAAACAACAGCACGUUGCGAAAUCGUUAGGGUCGUAGGUACACUCAGACUAGGAAAAAAUGACUCUGCUAUUGAAGAUAAAUUGAACACUUUGAUUCUAAGAAAAACCACAGUUUAAUUAUACGGAAAACAGUAGGAACAGUUUAUAUAAUAAAACUAUUGAACCAGGAAUGAUCAAGCACCGCAUUUGACUCAACCCACUCUGUAACACUUCAAUCAGUUUUUAUGCAGAGCUACGAGAGUUACCUCCCGUUUGCGGCGAUUUGAGCAAAAAUAUUUUCUUUCAAUAUCCUUUAUCACAUGGAAUCAAUGAGCAAAACUUUAUGGAUGUAUAGUAGUCGCUAAGUGGUUCAUAGAUAAGCAUCAGAUGCAGCAGUUAGAAUUGAAAUUAUUGUCUCUUCGCUGUUAACUGAAAUUUAUUUGUUUUAUAGAUAGAUAUUCUGAAAAUGUGAUCAAAGUGCUUCUCAAUUAUUUUGCUCUACUUCAAAUUUCCCCAGUAAUAUUCAGUUUGGUGAACCUUUGCCUGAGUUUCUUUUUCUUUCUCCUUCGUCCAUUUGCAUUGCUUGCUUGAUGCUUAUAAACAAUAUUCAUUCAUGAAAACAAUAUGAUAUGCUAUAUAGAUUACGGUGAGUCCAGAUAAAAUAUGAACCAAUCACCGAUGGUAGACGAAUACAAAAGAUCAAUGUUACAUAUAAAUGCAAAAGAUUCAGCGUUUCAUAAAAAAAAAUCAAUUAUUAAAAUCACGCGCUAAUCAAACAUCAUUCAACUAACUUUUUAUGAUGAAUACCAUUAUCAAAAACUGUAAGGAAAAACGUUUAGAAUAAAACAGAGGAAAAAAACUUCUCAUGAAUAGUUGAACAGUUCUUCAUAUGGGUAAACAUUUUAAAUUUACAUAUAUUUUUUGCGAAAGUGAAUAAACAUGAGGUUCAUACACGGAUAGUCUAUUGAUUAAAGAUUGCAAAUUAUUAUUUAAAUAGAUAUAAAGAAUAAUUACGACAUAAUAAAAAUUAUCUAUUAAAA